AUGUCCUAUUUCCACGCAGCACUAUUGGACGGCGUAGCUCUAGCCGUUAUAUAUACUGCACCAUCCCCUUCCCAACCUUUCGUAGAUGCUCCACAAAACAUUUGUCUUCUCUCUCCCCUUCCCCCAAAAUUACUCAUUCAUACUCUAAAAACCAUCAAAGGCUCAAUUUUUCUUCCUAUUCUUAUACCAUCUACAAUGACGAACGAGAGAGGUUCUACGGUAUUCCCGGCGAAAACAAGUCUCCGCCGGCCAAAAUUCGGUACCCUCUUGUCCUCCGAUCCUAACCUUUCAAUUGUUCGAGACGAAAACACCUACUCUCGCCGUGACAGUUCCGCUUCCGUCUCCGAUCCUAGCCCUCCGUUCUCCGAUAUGUCUAAUCCCAAUAGCGCCAAUGCUUCUCCUUCUCCAUAUUUCAUGUCACCAUGGAACAACAGCCACUCGCCUUAUGUAAAAUCUCCAUGGACACAAGCCUCUUCGAUGGACUCGUAUUCGUAUAAUGAUGAUAACUUGGUACCAAACGGUCUUAUUGGUUCGCUUGUUCGUGAAGAGGGUCAUAUAUAUUCAUUAGCCACUUCCGGUGACUUUUUAUACACAGGAUCAGACAGCAAGAACAUAAGGGUGUGGAAGAACUUGAAGGAUUUUUCCGGGUUUAAAUCCAGAAGUGGAUUAGUCAAAGCCAUCGUCACUUCCGGCGACAAAAUUUUCACCGGCCAUCAGGACGGAAAAAUUCGAAUUUGGAAACUUCCGGCGAAGAAUAAACGGACAGUUUACAAACGGGUUGGCAAUUUACCCACGACCAGAGAUUAUCUGAAGAGCUCUAUGAAUCCGAAGAACUAUGUAGAAGUUAGAAGACACCGUAACGUUCUAUGGAUUAAACACUUCGAUGCAGUUUCAUGCAUGAGUUUGGAUGAAGAAAAUGGGUUUCUUUAUUCGGGUUCUUGGGAUAAAACCCUAAAAGUUUGGAGACUCUCUGAUUAUAAGUGCUUAGACUCCAUUAACGCCCAUGACGAUGCUGUAAAUUCAGUGGCCGUAGGCUUUGAUGGGUUGAUUUUCACAGGCUCAGCAGAUGGGACAGUGAAGGUUUGGAGGAGAGAAUUGGUGGGGAAGACGGUAAAACAUGUUCUUGUACAGACAUUGUUGAAUCAAGAAAACGCGGUGACGGCGCUGGCUGUGAACGCGGCUGCGGAGGUGGUGUACGGCGGAUCAUCAGACGGGUUGGUGACUUUUUGGGAGAGGGAGAAGCAUUUUAUGGCUCACGGCGGUGUGCUUAAGGGUCACAAGUUGGCGGUGUUGUGCUUAGCGGUGGGUGGUGGGUUGGUGUUCAGUGGGUCGGCGGACAAGAGUAUAUGUGUUUGGAGGAGAAAGGAGGCUGGGGUCCACACGUGCGUGUCUGUGCUGACUGGUCAUAGUGGGCCAGUGAAAUGCCUGGCCGUUAAGAUGGAUCAUGAUCAAGAGAAGAAGGAUGUUGAUCAACGGUGGAUUGUGUAUAGUGGGAGUUUGGACAAGUCUGUGAAGUUUUGGAGGGUGUCCGAGCAUGCACCUAAUUUGAAGCCGGCCAGUUAUGAGCUUCCUAAAUCCUAA